GCUUGUGAACCCAUCUUUAAAACCCCACACUAAAGUCGUUGAACUUUGUCGGCGUGCAUGUUCUGACUUUAACGAACACCAAGGUAACAGUACACAUUGGCUAUCGUUCAUCAACUAACAUGGCAAGCUCUUGCAGCUCUGCAGCUGAUAGGACAUUUGGGCCGCCAAUUCAUGGCUGCUCCUACUUGGACUUUACCCUACUCUUUGAGCAGGUGAUAUUUGGUAUCGUCCUAUCGGCAUGUUUUCUCCCAGCCGUAGCCUGCAGGAUACUGCAGCUCCUUGGGCAAUCCAGGAAGAUCACAUUGGAAUUAAACCAGCAUGCCAAGGUAUCUAUCUGUGUGAAGAUCAUUCUGAGCCUCGCUUUGAUCUGCAGCCAACUUAUUUUAUUGAUGCUCUGGGCAAUGUCUCCUCAGCAUCGCAAUAAAUUCACCAUUGCAUCGGCCUCCCUGUCAUUGGUAUGCUCCCUCGGCAUACCGAUUCUGUCAUGGAAAGAGCACGUACGAUCGGUUUCGCCUUCCAAUCUGCUUUGUUUUUAUCUUCUACUUAGCACAUUGCUUGAUGGUGUACAGGCCCGGACAUUAUGGCUACGAUUCCCCCUUACUAUUGCGGGGACAUGUACUGCAGGCCUGGGUGUUCGUUUCUUGUUGCUCAUAGCAGAGUCACAAGAGAAACAUAGAUAUUUGAAGCCUCAGUUCGUUUAUUAUUCUCCAGAAAGGUUAGGGGGCAUGGUGAAUCGUGUCAUUUUCUGGUGGCUAAAUCCCUUGCUGGCCCGCGGGGCCCGCGGGCUGUUGAAUGGCAGCCAUCUUUUCCCUGUUGAUUCCAACCUCUCAGCUGAAGCAGUGCAGGCCAAGUUCGAGUCAAGUUGGUUGUCGACUCUGAAGGAUCGCCAUGAAGCCCAACAUAAGCUACUGCUGACAACAUUGUCUUGCGUUCGACGAACUUUGAUGUGGACAGCAAUUCCCCGAAUUGGUCUCAUCGGUCUCAAAAUAGCGCAGCCGUUGUUUCUUAAUCGUGUCAUUCGAUAUCUCUCUGCUUCAACUAAAGACAAUGCUGUCGGUGGGGCGCUUGUUGGAGCUACAGUCUUGAUCUAUCUGGGAACGGCAGCCACGACGUCGCUAUAUAUGCAUGGGCUAAACCGUGCCAUCACCAGUGUUCGCAGCCUUUUGGUUACUGCCCUCUACGAGAAGAUACAACGACUGGACGCUGUUACGGUGAAUAAUUCAGCUGCGCUAACGUUGAUGAGCACCGACACAGAAACCAUCUGCAACAGCUUGAUGCGAUUAGACGCCCUGUUCGCUUCGCCUAUCGAGGUCGGCCUUGCCAUAUUCUUCCUUGCACGACAAGUAAGUUGGGCAUGCUUAGCAUCGGUUGGAUGUGCCUUGGCAGCCGUGUCUCUCAGUUAUGUUGUAGCCGCCCGGUCACCCCCACGCCAGAAAAUAUGGAACCAGGCUGUCCAGGAGCGUAUUGCAAUCAGUGCAUCUGUUUUCAGUUCGAUUAGGAGCAUCAAGUUGCUCGGUUUAUCUUCUUUUGUAGCACGGCGAAUAUGUGACCUUCGCAACGCCGAGCUUGAACGCGCUCGGGGGGCCCGCAUGCUUAUAAUGUGGAGAAAUGUUGUUGCAAAUAUACCACAGAUUGCCGGGCCUAUUUUAACGUUUACGAUUUUCACAAUGGUCUCCGGAAGUGGUGUGGUCACUUCAGCAAACUCCUUUACCGUACUCGCCCUGAUUGCUUUAGUCACUCAGCCUAUACAAGUCUUUGUUCACGGAAUAACCCAGAUGGGAGUUGCUCUAGGUUGCUUCAAGCGAAUUCAGGACUACCUUGAUUUGCCCGAAGUUGCAGCCGGUCAGAUCUCCUACCACAGUGACGAGAAUCAGUGUCUAUCAGUACACAAUGCCGCCUUCAAAUAUGCGGACUCAACCACGCCGGUUUUGACGAACGUGAACGUCGAGAUACACUCCUCUACGCUGGCAAUCGUCACAGGGGCUACCGGCUCUGGAAAGUCUUCGCUACUCAAAAGCCUCAUAGGAGCAGUACCCUGCGUCGCUGGGUCUUACUCAAAAUCAGUGGCAAUAGCUUACUGUGCACAAGAGCCCUGGUUGCCAAGUGUCUCUGUUAGGGAAUGCGUGACUGGCCCUUCCUAUUUUGACGAGAAAUGGUAUACCACUGUUCUCCACGCAUGUGCGCUUGACGAAGACAUCUCUGCUUUCUCCGAAGGAGACAGGACUGGUGUUGGCUCCGGUGGUACUUCACUAAGCGGUGGGCAGAAGCAGCGCUUGGCAAUAGCGCGGGCCAUAUACUCGCGCAGAAAGCUCCUAAUCCUUGACGACGUACUCAGUGCAUUAGACGUUAUCACGGCCAAGAAGGUUUUUGAUCGCGCUUUUGGUCCUAAAGGAUUAUGCAAAGCCCACAAUGCCGCCGUUAUUCUUGCUUGCAGUGAUCCCAAGCGCGUGACCUCACCUGAUACGAUUAUUAACCUUCACGAUGGCACAACCGCAUCAGCAUCCCCAUCGGAUCUCAUAGAGUCCCGCCAGGACUCACCACGCUGCCUCGGUGACUAUUCUAUCUACAAGUACUACGUAAAUUCAAUGGGCUGGGUAUCGUCCGCUUUCUUCCUAGGCCUCAUAGUUGUGCAGGUAUUCGGAUCGAAAUUCCCUACUCUAUGGCUCCAAUACUGGUCCGACAAUGACUUCAACUACUCCCUCGGUGUUUACCUUGGGGUAUACGGGAUUUGUGCUUUCAUCCAGCUAAUUGGCACCAUCCUCAGCAUCACAUUCCUCAUAAUCUUCCUCGUCGCGAAAAGCUCCCGCCGCUUACACACACAGCUUCUAACGGCUACCAUGAACGCACCCUAUUCAUUCUUCGCAGCGCAUGACAGUGGUACUAUCCUGAACAGAUUCAGCCAGGACCUUUCCCAAAUCGACAACCAACUAUCGGGCGCACUGCUCAUGACCAUCUUCGGCGCUGGAACGCUAAUCGCUGAAAUUAUGCUCAUCGCCGCAGGAAACAAAUACAUCGCUAUCGCAGUGCCAUUCGUGAUCACUGUUUUCUACGCUCUGCAAAACUUUUACCUGCGGACUUCACGUCAGCUACGGCUCAUGGAACUCGAAGCACAGAGCCCGCUUUACACACACUUCCUUGAGACGGCCUCGGGCAUGGACACUAUCCGUGCAUUUGGCUGGCAAGCCGCAUGGGCGGCGCGGUGUCGACAACUGGUCGAUAGGGCGAUCCAACCGUAUUACACAAUGUUUUGUAUCCAGCGUUGGCUGAACCUCGUCCUCGACCUCAUGGCAGCGGGUCUGGCGAUUAUUGUUGUCACCGUGGCGGUUACACUAGGAUCAUCAGCUCAUACUGGAGCUAUUGCAGUUUCUUUGCUGAAUAUCUUGGGGUUCAGUAGCAGCUUAUCGUAUCUCAUUACUUCGUGGACACAAUUGGAGACGACUCUUGGCGCGAUCGCCCGCGUCAAGAGUUAUGAAGAGACUGUCCCGAGGGAAGAUGCCCAAAACAGUGAGCUUAUACAUCAGCCUGCCCAGGACUGGCCAUCUCGCGGCUCGAUCAGGCUCGACCACGUCUAUGCAAGCUACGACGCCCGACAGAGCCCUCAUCAAUGCAUUCUGCGCGAUGUUACUCUGUCGAUUCACGCCGGAGAUAAGAUAGCAGUCUGCGGUAGAAGCGGGAGUGGUAAAAGCUCUCUCAUCCUUCUUCUUCUUAAACUUCUUGAACCUAUCGCGGGCUCUGUGUUUGUUGACGAGAUGGACCUGCGCGAUGUUCCCUGCGACGUUCUGCGGGCCCGACUUACCGUUAUACCCCAGGAUCCACUCAUCCUCCCUGGAACACUACGAUUCAACCUCGAUCCUAGCGGGGAACAGUUCUCUGACGAUGCAAUGCUCUCAGCUCUGGAUACCGUAGGUCUAGGGGUGGAUCCAAGUACAGGGCAGUGUUAUUCGCUAGACCUUGAAAUAAGUAAUUCGACUUUCUCGCGCGGCCAACACCAGCUGUUAAGUCUAGCGAGAGCGUUACUUCGGCAGAGAGAAACGAAGAUCCUUGUUCUGGAUGAGAUCAGUGGAAAUGUUGAUGUCGCUACAGAGCGGUUGAUGUUCCAGAUCAUCAAAGACUAUUUCGCACAUGCGACCGUCAUUGCAGUGACGCAUCGGUUGAGAUGUAUUCGGGAUUUUGAUCAAGUUGUGAUCAUGCAAAAUGGCUGUAUUGUGGAGACUGGGAGACCAGGGGAGUUGCUCGGUGGGCAGAGUUUGUUUAGGCAGUUGUGGGACGAGCAGUGA